AGUUUUCUGUACACAAUGGUAACUGUUGUAUCUGUGUAGGCUGACUGAGGACCGAGAAAUACCAGGCUUCUUCACAAUUCUUGUUUCCUUCUUGCGAUGGCGAGAGGAGCGAGAGGAGGUGAUGAACCACUGCAUUGAGAACUACCCCGACAGCGUUCGUCGCAUUCACGAGGGUCAGCUCCAUGGCCUGGUCAUCCACAGUGACAACCACAACAGACCCAGCUGUGUUUUGGAGUGGGGGUUUGUGGCCAGUCCUCUGUACCGCAUCGACAGACAUCUUACCCUUGCAGUAAAAGUGCCACAGAAAAUGGCUGAAUAUGACAAGGAUAACACUUUAGCUGACACUCCAGAGAUUUUCUCAACAAUGGUGAAGAAAAUGGGAGUUCGGAAGUCAAUCGAGGUGUUGAUACACAUGGUGACAACAUCUGGGGAGGACAAGGACACGUAGCAUGUGGCAGUCUAGACCACUGACCAGGACAUGUCAGUGUGACAGUGGAAUAUGUAGAUAUGACUAAGAUGGAUCCUGAAUGACAAUAUGUAGAUGUGCCUGAUUUGGAUCCUCAACAAAGAUGUGUAGAUGUGACCGAGAUGGAUCCUCCUCAAUGAUAUGUAGGUGUGCCUGAUUUGGGUCCUCAACGGAGAUGUGUAGAUGCGACCGAGAUGGAUGCUCCUCAAAGAUAUGUAGGUGUGCCUGAUUUGGGUCCUCAACGGAGAUGUGUAGAUGCGACCGAGAUGGAUGCUCCUCAAAGAUAUGUAGGUGUGCCUGAGAUGGGUCCUGAAUGAAGAUGUGUAGAUGCGACCGAGAUGGAUGCUCCUCAAAGAUAUGUAGGUGUGCCUGAUUUGGGUCCUCAACGGAGAUGUGUAGAUGCGACCGAGAUGGAUGCUCCUCAAAGAUAUGUAGGUGUGCCUGAGAUGGAUCCUGAAUGAAGAUGUGUAGAUGUGACCGAGAUGGAUGCUCCUCAAAGAUAUGUAGGUGUGCCUGAGGUGGAUCCUGAAUGAAGAUGUGUAGAUGUGACCGAGAUGGAUGCUCCUCAAAGAUAUGUAUGUGUGCCUGAGCAGGAUCCUGAACAAAGAUGUAUAGACUUGACAGAGGUCCAUCAUGAACGAAGAUGUGUAGAUGUGACUUAGAAAGAUUCCCAAAAAGGGUAAUGACGUGGAUCCAGAAAGAGGAUAUGUAAAUUGGACUAAGAUGGAUCCUUUACAAAUUUGUGUUGAUGUGACACAUAUGGAUCUUCAGUGAAGAUCCGCAGAUAUGACUGAAUGAAGAUGUGUAAAUGGUUCUUGGACUUACGGACACACACACCCUACACACCCAACACACACCUGAUGUGUAAAUAGGACUGGGAUGGAUCCUGACCAAGAUAUGAAAAUAUGUUAUAUUUGGAAUUACAUUCUCUCAGUAAAGUACAGAUUCUAGUAA